AUGGAGCAGAAGGUAGGUAGCCUUAUAGAAUUCAAUAGAAUUUCAUGGAUUUGUAUGAGUAGCCAUACUAACAAUGCUUUCACAGACGGACCAAUAAGUCUAACCAUUCUGAUUGGUCCCUGUUUCAAGUUGCGUAGCCUUGUUCCAGGGUAUACAAAAUCUGUUUAUGUCUGUGCGGAUUAUCAGCUCUUUACUGCCUUGACUGUCUGAAUAAGUAUUUGUCAUCUAAGGAACUGCAUAAACAAGAUAUAACGAUCUUAUAAUCUAUGCAGGCCUUUGAUGAUGACACACCCUUAAAAAAAUUAAUAAUAAUUAUGGGACAAUGUACAGAAUUCAGUCAAAAACAUAAACCCUUACUCUCUGUUCCCCUCAGGGUCGUAAGAGAAGGUGCUUGGAGCAGGGAGUGGUGUUUAUAGAUGAUGAGCCAGAAGGAGGGAGGCCAGUGUCUGGAGCACAGACAUGGACCGUGGAGCUGAGUACCCAGGCACAGACUAUAGACCUGCCCCCUGAUACACACUGCUGUGUGAGUAUAUUUAUCUAAACUAAAGAUAUGUUGCCACUUGCCUGUAAGUGCUGAUCUAGGAUCAGCUAAAUUGAUGGACCUUCCCCCUGAGGCGCACUACUGUGUGAGUACUUCUAGUCUAAACUAAGGAUAUGUUGCUUUUUAAUGCUGAUCUAGGAUCAGCUCAACUGAUGGUAGGGUGGGGAAAUAUAUUGUGUACAAUAUACCGGUACGGAUCCACAUACCGGUAGGGAUUUUUACAGUCUACAAAGAUAUUUUGGUACAGUGCUAAAUUUAAUGAAACGUUCUACAAAUUGGACUACUUUCAAAGGCAGUUGUGUCGUAGUUCCGACAUUUCUUGAAUUUUGUUUUGUUUUGUAUUUUGUAUUUUUUUAUUAUUGUGUACUCUUUGACAUUUUACUGCAUUGUAACAUAAGCUAGUAACAGAAGCAUUUUGCUGCACCCACUACAACAUCUGCUAAACGCGACCAAUAAACUUUGAUUUGAUUUAGUUUGAUUGAGUAUAAACCAUCAGAAUGUAGAAAGCCCAUUCAAAUCACUUAGAAUUGCUGCCAUAAACUACUCAGAAAACAUAUUUAGAACUUUUAUUAUUCAGAAACAUAAAAUACAGUCAAAUACCGUUGUACUGUCAAAAAUUAGAAAAAUAUUGUGAUAUGAUAUUUUGGCAAUAUCGCCCAGCCCUAACCGAUGGACCUGCCCCCUGAGGCACAGUGCUGUGAGUACAACUAUUCUAAACUAAGGAUAUGUUGCUUUUUAAUGCUGAUCUAGGAUCAGCUCAACUGACUACCACCUUAAUGCCUACCAUUAGAAUCCAUGAAGAGAAAUAUUUUUGUUGUACAGCGACCUAAUUUUGAACAUCUACCCAAGUACUACAUUGUGUCCACUGGGUGGCAGCAUAGCCCACUUAAUCUGUGGCCCUGCUCCAUCACAUACCUUUGGCAUUGUUCUCACAUUUCUUGUGCCCCAAGUGAAUGUGUUAUGUAAUUUAGGUUGUGUUUAGGCUUCAUAAGGCAGGAAAAGGAGGGGGGAAAAUGAAUAGGUAGAGGGAAAUUAAGAGGCGGUGGAAGGAGAAGAAAGUCCCCUCCCUCUGUUCGUGUUGGGUUUCCCCGUCUGAUACCUGACCGGCUCCUCUCUGCUGUGAGCUGCUGACUGAUGUCCUGAAUGGGUCUCUUUGAAGGGAUAGAGCUCCACUUUUAAUUAAGACGGUUUGCCUUGCCUCGCCGCUGAUCUGUGAAAGCCAGGGAUAAAUAUUGAAUGGGGUUCACUCGCAGGUUACUGAGCCCCGGGACCUAAAAGGGUAAACAGGUGCUUUCUGAGGAGGGAGGGCUCGGUGGCCAUUCGUGGGUCCCCAGAGCCUCACACUUGUGCCAGUUGCAGACCAAAUGGCACCCUAUUCCCUACAUACAGUUGAAGUCGGAAGUUUACAUACACUUAGGUUGGAGUCAUUAAACUUGUUUUUCAAACACUCCACAAAUGUCUUGUUAACAAACUAUAGUUUUGGCAAGUCGGUUAGGACAUCUACUUUGUGCAUGACACAAGUACAUUUUCCAACAAUUGUUUACAGACAGAUUAUUUCACUUAUAAUUCACUGUAUCACAAUUCCAGUGGGUCAGAAGUUUACAUACACUAAGUUGACUGUGCCUUUAAACAGUUUGGAAAAGUCCAGAAAAGUAUGUAAUGGCUUUAGAAGCUUCUGAUGGGCUAAUUGACAUAAUUUGAGUCAAUUGGAGGUGUACCUGUGGAUGUAUUUCAAGGCCUACCUUCAAACUCAGUGCCUCUGCUUGACAUCAUGGGAAAAUUUUACGAAAUCAGCCAAGAUCCGUCAUACCGCUCAGGAAGGAGAUAUGUUCGGUCUCCUAGAGAUGAACGUACUUUGGUGCGAAAAGUGCAAAUCAAUCCCAGAACAACAGCAAAGGACCUUGUGAAGAUGCUGGAGGAAACAGGUACAAAAUAACACCAUCCCAACCGUGAAGCACGGGGUGGCAGCAUCAUGCUGUGGGGGUGCUUUGCUGCAGGAGGGACUGGUGCACUUCACAAAAUAGAUGGCAUCAUGAGGAAGGACAAUUAUGUGGAUAUAUUGAAGCAACAUCUCAAGACAUCAGUCAGGAAGUUAAAGCUUGGUCACAAAUGAUUCUUCCAAAUGGACAAUGACCCCAAGCAUACUUCCAAAGUUGUGGCAAAAUGGCUUAAGGACAACAAAGUCAAGGUAUUGGAGUGGCCAUCACAAAGCCCUGACCUCAAUCCUAUAGAAAGUUUGUGGGCAGAACUGAAAAAGCGUUUGCGAGCAAGGAGGCCUACAAACCUGACUCAGUUACACCAGCUCUGUCAGGAGGAAUGGGUAAAAAUUCACCCAACUUAUUGUGGGAAGCUUGUGGAAGGCUACCCGAAACGUUUGACCCAAGUUAAACAAUUUAAAGGCAAUGCUGCCAAAUACUAAUUGAGUGUAUGUAAACGUCUGACCCACUGGGAAUGUGAUGAAAGAAAGAAAAGCUGAAAUAAAUCAUUCUCUACUGUUAUUCUGACAUUUCACAUUCUUAAAAUAAAGUGGUGAUCCUAACUGACCUAAGAAAGGGAAUUUUUUACUAGGAUUAAAUGUCAGGAAUGGUGAAAAAAGUUGAUUAAAUGUAUUUGGCUAAGGUGUAUGUAAACUUCCGACUUCAACUGUAGUCCACUACUAGAGCCCUAUGGGCCCUGCUCAAAAGUAAGGCACCCUAUAGGGAAUAGGGUGCCAUUUGGGAUACAGCCCAGAGCAGAGGGGUGAUGGCUAGUUUAUGUCAUGUUUCCUAUGGUAUUUGAUCAGGAUGGCGCUGCAGUCAUCUUUUUGCGACUCAGCCAGCCCACCCUGUGUGUGUGUUUUUAUGUGCACCUCACCUCCCAUUGGAAUGCAUUUCGAAUCUUGAAGGCUGAGGACUGAGGAGCAAAUUGGCGUCCAGCGAGCGGCGCCAGCGACACAGAGCCAGCCUGUCCCCGCCAACCCCCCACCACCAUCUCCUGGCCCCCCGGAGUGUGAGACUCCUCUCUCUCAGGUGUCAGCUGUGCAAUGCUGAAACUCAAGGCGCACAGGGCUGGAAUCAGCUAGGUCUACGUAGAGGAUACUGAGGGACUGAGAACCACACCACCACCAUCUCUACAUCCAGGGCACGGUUCUGACUGUCACUCUGCCCUGACAUUAAGGAUGAAGCUAGUCCUGUUUGGAACACACCAGGUGAUAUCUUUAAAGAGAGGUUUUCUUAUGAACACUGUCGGGAGAAGCCACAAGCAAGUUAAUAGGGUAACAUUUAGGAGGCAGCUCCUGUGGGUUUUAAUGGUAUAAAGAGCCCUGAGCUGACAUGAUGAAUAAACAGAGGGCCCUCUAGGGGCCCCUAGUAGGAUCAGGUUACAGCGGGGCCACAUCGUUGGAACAGAUCAGUUAUACUCCUGAGCUCUGCGGCUCCACUCCUCACCUGGGCAACACAGCCCGAUCACCUUAACUGCUGCUGCUGCCACAUUAAAUAGGCCCCUCCACAUAUCCCUGCUACUGUGAAAUCAUGGCAAAUACAGUUGUACACCUUAGCCAAAUACAUUUAAUCUCAGUUUUUCACCAUUCCUGACAUUUAAUCCUUGUAAAAAUUCCCUUUCUUAGGUCAGUUAGGAUCACCACUUUAUUUUAAGAAUGUGAAAUGUCAGAAUAAUAGUAGAGAGAAUGAUUUAUUUCAGCUUUUAUUUCUUUCAUCACAUUCCCAGUGGGUCAGAAGUUUACAUACACUCAAUUAGUAUUUGGUAGCAUUGCCUUUAAAUUGUUUAACUUGGGUCAAACGUUUAAAGUAGCCUUCCACAAGCUUCCCACAAUAAGUUGGGUGAAUUUUUACCCAUUCCUCCUGACAGAGCUGGUGUAACUGAGUCAGGUUUGUAGGCUUCCUUGCUCGCACACGCUUUUUCAGUUCUGCCCACACAUUUUCUAUAGGAUUGAGGUCAGGGCUUUGUGAUGGCCACUCCAAUACCUUGACUUUGUUGUCCUUAAGCCAUUUUGCCACAACUUUGGAAGUAUGCUUGGGGUCAUUGUCAAUUUGGAAGACCCAUUUGCGACCAAGCUUUAACUUCCUGACUGAUGUCUUGAGAUGUUGCUUCAAUAUAUCCACAUAAUUGUCCUUCCUCAUGAUGCCAUCUAUUUUGUGAAGUGCACCAGUCCCUCCUGCAGCAAAGCACCCCCACAGCAUGAUGCUGCCACCCCCGUGCUUCACGGUUGGGAUGGUGUUCUUCGGCUUGCAAGCAACCCCCUUUUUCCUCCAAAUAUAACGAUGGUCAUUAUGGCCAAACAGUUCUAUUUUUGUUUCAUCAGACCAGAGGACAUUUCUCCAAAAACUACGAUCUUUGUCCCCAUGGGCAGUUGCAAACCGUAGUAUGUUUUUUUUGGCGGCUUUGGAGCAGUGGCUUCUUACUUGCUGAGCGGCCUUUUAGGUUAUGUCGAUAUAGGACUCGUUUACUGUGGAAAUAGAUACUUUUGUACCUGUUUCCUCCAGCAUCUUCACAAGGUCCUUUGCUGUUGUUCUGGGAUUGAUUUGCACUUUUCGCACCAAAGUACGUUCAUCUUUAGGAGACCGAACGCAUCUCCUUCCUGAGCGGUAUGACGGCUGCGUGGUCCCAUGGUGUUUAUACUUGCAUACUAUUGUUUGUUUAGAUGAACGUGGUACCUUCAGGCGUUUGGAAAUUUCUCCCAAGGAUGAACCAGACUUGUGGAGGUCUACAAUUUUUUGUGUAUGUAAACUUCCGACUUCAACUGUAAUUACUUAUUCAUCGACGGAUGGGGGGGAGAGGUGGAGUCACUGCUGAAUAGAGGCCCUUGUCAAGAGGCAGCAUCAGGAAACCGCUGACAAGGGUAUCCCUUUACGUGCCUGCCCCUGUCCCCGUCUGAGAUGCAGACGACACGGUUUGGGGCUCUGAUGGGCUCAUAGCAGCGAGCAGACACCCCCCUGGAAUGGAAUGUAGAUAACGAACAGGGGGCCUGAUGAUGUUGGCUGCCCUCUGCAACAGACACAUACCGGCUCAUUCAUUCAACACUGGACAAUUCCACUCACCACCGCUGCCUGUUGCUCCAUGUGUGAUGCUGAGAGCGAGGGCGUCUGUCUACCACCCAGAGUGAAUACCUGUUCAAUCAAGGGAAAAGUGACUGAGCUGAGUUAGGGCCCCCUAACACACAUUGUAAUAUUUAAUGGCAAACACUGUUUGAGAAGGAGCUGUAAGGAGGGUAACCCGAACCGCCUGGCCCUUCUAGUCUCCACUGAAGCACCACAGGCUCAGCUAGCUUGAUCUGCUGGCAUUGAGGUGUAAUACACACCCUGAGCUUUCGUUUAUAUGGUGAGGCAUAUAAACCGGUUGGUGCCAGAUGGAAGAGAAGAGAUGAAUAGUGAGGGAUUUCUUAUUAUUUAGGGGAUGAACGUCUUUCUUUUAAAAGCAGGACUUAUGCAGUCACUAAGCUCAAGGUUUAGAUUCAGAGUUACUUCAAAACAGUGUCAGAAGAGAACAUUUUACUUCCUCUGACGGAAACAGCUAAAGAACACUAUGUGGUUAGCUUAGAACUUGGUGGUGAACAAUACUAUUUGUGGUUAGCUUGUUUAGUCUGCAUGGUUGGGUCUGGUGACUGGAUGAUGCAGUGAAAGGGGUGGAAAGUGUCCCACUUAAAAGAGCACCUGACUGGUAUUGGUUUCAGCAGCGCUGUCGGCUACGCUUCACCUGUGUGUCAAGAGAAAGUGACGCCACACAUUGUCUGUGGUUACUAACAGCCAAUUAAAAAGCAGCUACACUUUUCACAUCCCCAACAAUGACAACCUAUCAGCUUAGAUAAUGUAAUUUAACCAUGACUGACCGGCAGUAUUGUGUGGAUACACAUUCUUGCUAUGCUUUCCUAUAUGUUCACUACUAGAGCAUAUAACGUUCACCAGUUAAGAGAUUCACCAAUUGUCUGGUAUUGGUGAUUUACCUUUUUGUUUGGUGUUAAUAUUUUUAUAGUGAGCAAUGUAAAAUUUAAAAAUGUUUUUCACAAUUCUCUGAAGAGAACAACACUCUUUAUCUUGUUCUUUUAUCUUCCUUCUCCCUCCAUGUGUCCACUAGUCCCCCGUGGUGUCCUGCUCUCUCUAACCCUGAGCCUCAUCCAAAGGUGUCCAGAAAGGAGCCGAGGGGAAGUCUUCAAAGGAGAAGGACAAGGACAAAGAGGGAAACAAGAAACAAGUCCCCAAGAUCUUCUUCGGCACGCACACCCACAAACAGAUCACUCCGAUCGCCCACGAGAUGAAGCGUACGCUCUACUCUUCAGCCCCAUGA